UCCCAGAUUUCACUCCUAGAUCUAUAUCCAAGAGAUGUGAAAACAUAUGUCCAUAUGAAGACUUGUAUGUGAACUCUCAUAGCAGCUUAAUUCAUAAUUCCCUGUUACAGACUGAAUGAAUUGUGUUCCACCCCUUAGUCACUCAUGUGUUAAAGCUCUAACACCCUUGGGACUGUAUUUGGAGACAGAGUCACAAGUAUACCGCAUUUAGGAUGUAAGAGGCAGUUAAGAUUAAAUGCGGUCCUAAGGGUGAGGCUCUUAGCCAAUAGGAUUAGCACCUUUAUGAGAAGAGGAAGGGACACCAAGGCUGCUCUCACACAGAGAAAAGGCCAGGUGAGUACACGGGGAGAAGGAAGGUGACCAUCUCCUGAGAGAGGCCUCAGAAGACAGCAAAUCUGCUGACACCUUGAUCUUGGAUUUCUCGUCUCCAGAACCGUGAGAAAUCAGUGUAUUUGUAUCAUUUAAGAUUACACAUAUAAGUGACUUCAUAUGAUAUUUGUCUUUCUCUGUCUGGCUUAAUUCACUUAGUAUGACAAUCUCUAGGCCCAUCCAUGUUGCUGCAGAUGACAACUACCACCACCAUAUUUCAUAAAUGAAGAAUAAAUUAGAAGAAAUAUAAGAGCAAAUCAAAACAGCAGCUUUGCACCCCCCAGACGGUGGCGGAGAGUGAAAAAGUGUGCAGGAACCAAAGAGCUGGUGUGUUCUCUGAUGUGCCUGGAGAAGCAAGACCUGUGCAACAAGUUCAAGGGGCGUGUGCAAGCAGUUUCACCCAGCGCCAGGUCCCCCUGGGUAGAGUCCAAGUUCAUGGAUUACUUCUUUGAAGUGGAGCCAGCCCCACCUGUCCUGGUGUUCAACCAGACAGAGGAGAUUCUGAUUGUCAAUGCUACAUACCAGCUGCCGCAUUGUCUGCCCCAACCAGAUAUGAACUAUGAGGUGAAUUUCUGGAAGGAAGGGACUAAGAACAAGACCCAGUUUCCAGACACUCGCCAUGGCCAGCCAGUCCAGAUUCCUCUCCAGCCAGACACCAGUGGGCACCACUGCCUCAGCGCCAGAACCAUCUACUUCUUUGGCAACCCUAAAUACAGCGAGUUCUCCGAGCCCACCUGCUUCUUCCUGGGGGCCCCGGGAUCCAACUGGGCCCUCCUGUUGCUGCUACCAUUUCUGCUUCCACUGCUGUUGGCUGUUGCCAUAGGGCCUGUGAUGUGGAAGACCUUCAGGGGGAACCCCUGGUUUCAGCAGACAAAGAUGCCACAGGCCCUGAGCUUCUCCGGACACAGACUCUACUGGGCAACCUUUCAGCCCAGUGGCCCAGAGUGCCUGCACGACUUGAUCGUCUGUCCCCAAAAGGAAGUGACCAGAAGGGUCAGGCUGACCUCUAGAGUCAGGGCCCCAGCCCCCAUCCAGGCCGGACCAGAGAAGGACAGCGCUGAGGAGAAGGACGGUGAGGAGAGCACAGAUGAAGAGGACCCGGAUCCUGGUGUCAGCUUCCAGCCCUAUGUUGAACCGCCGCCCUUCCUGGGGCAGGAACCCCAGAGCCCAGGGCCCGCCGAGGCAGGAGGGCCGUGGACUCCUCUGGUCCAGGGGGAAGGCUCCUCUGCCUGCAGUUCUUCAGGCAGAAGCUGGGUCAGCACUGCGGGGUCCUCCUCCCCCUGGGAUGAGGCUGGAUCCUCAGGCUAUUUGGCCAAAAAGGGGCCAGGCCAGGGUCUGGGUUGGGGGGAACACCAGAAGCCUCUCCCACCACCCGAGGACUCCAGUUCCCUGGGAGAGCCCCCCAAAGACAACCUCUCCUCCUGGACCAGCUGGGGCUUAUCAUCACCAGGGCUGAAUCUAACCCCCAGAGAACCCCCGGUUUCUCUUCGGACACUGACCUUCUGCUGGGACAGUAGUCCUGAGGAUGAUGAGGGGGAGGAAGAAGAGGAGGAAGAGGGCUGGAGGGAGUCAGAAAGUGAGGACAGUGGUGCUGGCAGCUGGGGGGCUAAGAGCCUCCAGAGGACCGAGGUCAGACCCCUGGGGCAUUACUUGGCCAGGUGAGCUGUGCCUCCGAGUCUGGUUGCUGCUGAGCUUUCUGGGGACCCAAGACAUCACCAAGACUUGAAAUCCCGGGAGCAUCAUUGCUGGGGCAGCAGAGGGUCCUCAGAGCACCUCGGAGAAGCCCAGCUAUUAGAAGCCGUCCACCAGGCUGAGCCGUCAGAAGCGAGCCGUCAGAAGCCACCCGCCCUAUGACCUGCUUGCUUUGCACCAAGCACCAGGAGGGGUGGAGACAAGAACGGGUGGAGGUCAGAGGUUGGUUGGGUGUAGAUCACCCCACUGCCCCUGGGGUGAUAGGCCAGCUGGAAAGAUUAUCUCUGGACAAUGUGAAACGGGCAACGUCAGGUCCCAGCAGACAUGAAGGCCGACAGCACAAGGGCCCAUCUGGCUUUGGGGAGAGAAGGACUUGGAGCGCACCUGGUAGAGCAGAGACUCGCAGCUUUCUCCAACAUCUGCUGGGCUUCCGCCUCCGCAGAACUCAGCCUUCUGGUUUAUGAGUUCCCUAGGGUGGGCCCCGGUGAAGAAAAAUCUAGUUGGCCGAGGGUGUUGGAGAGGCAGAGGAAGGGGAAGGGUGUCAUCAUUGAAGGCCCAGUCUCUGAGUCACGCGUUUCACAAUCUAGAAUAUCAGACAGACCUGGGUCCAGAUCCCAGCCCUGCCAUUCACCAGUUGUGUGGCCGGCGGGGAGACACCCUCCUCCUCUGUGCCUGAGUCUCCCCUCCGCAGCUACCCCCUGGGGCAUGGCAAGAGGUCCGACAGACACGUGAUGCCUGCCACAUUGUUGGCACGCAUCACGUGGUGACCAGUAGGAUUCUCCCAUCCACCCAGGCUCUGGGCGAGUGGAGGGACCACUGGGCAUCUCCCACCUAUGACCCCAAACUCAGAGUGACUGGAUUCUCACUCCAAGUCUCCCACCUACCUCCUGCCCUCACUGCCCCCCGUCCUGUAGUCAGGAAACUGAGUUCUCAAAAGCUGAAGCCCAGUCAAGGGGGUCCCUGGUCCCUCUCCCUUUUCACGGCAAAGAAAGAACCAAAUGGUGCACUGUCUAGGGAGUCUGAUUAACUGGUGGUGGGGAGCAGCCCAGCAGGGAACUGGGCCCCGGGCCUGUGAUCCCCAGCUUAGCACUUUAGACCCUUCAGCUGCCCAUUGUGGUUGUAAAGGUACCCCAUUUUCCUUCUGAUUUUGAGAAACCACUGUCUCUGGAAAUAGAUUCUUGCCCGGGGGUAGUGAUGGAUGUUCUCAAACAACUGAUUCGGUAACCUAAUUUUGUCAGCUUUGUGGCCCUGCAAGAACCACAGAGAUCAGAGCAAACCUUGGCUCUGCCAUUUCACCUGCCAGGACUUAAUACAUUUUUCCAUUAAUGCAAAAAGCAUCUUCAUAAGCUUUGUACCCACAGGGCUGUGCUGUUUAGAAGUCAGCAUAAAGGUAUAGCAUCGAGAGAAUGAUCUGGAAAAGCUUCUCAAGCUUCCAAGGCUUCUCAAACUGUGCUCCUGAAAGACCCUGGGCUUCACGGGAGGAGGAGUCUCAAUCUCAGGGGAAGCUAGAGGUUCCCCCAUGUUCAACCAGAGCAGCCUCCCCAGACCCCUCAUUUUUCUCCAGCACUCUCCACGUACAAUGGUGCUUGGGAGUCUCCACUCCUAAAGAAAAAGUUAGCAAACCCCCUUUGAAGUUGAAAAUCCUGUCUUCUGUUUCAGAUGAGGAAGCGGAAAUGUUGACUUCACUGUAUACAUCGCUAAGAGUGAGGCUGGGUCUCUGGCCCGCCUGGGCAACCCUGAUCCCCUUGGCCAUGUAAACAGUACCAAGGUCUCGGCAAGGGGCACGGGGUUGCAGGGGCCUUCCCCACUGCUGGGAGGCAUGCACAUGCCUGCAUGCCCAGGCACACACACGUGCCUGUCUGCAGGGGUUUCUCUCCCAUGAAGCUUGUCUACAUCCAUCACGCAACACAGGAGAAGAAAAACGAGCUGUGCCCGUGGCACUGGGGAGGGCCCAGGGCCAGUUCCCAGGGAAAUACCCAGACCAAGCCUGGUGUCCUUUCUGGAACCUGUCGAGCUGCUUCAAGGAGGUAAUUCCAAGUCCCUAAAAGCUAUCAUCACCGCUGUCUUAGGCUGGUGUCAAGUAACUAACCGCUGUAUUCUGAAACCUUGUGUGUUUUCUAAGUAUUUUUUUCAAAGUUUAAUUUCUGACAUAGGCUGAACCCUCCUUGAAUUCUAAAAGUCCAGCUCCUUCAUGGUCAUUAAGUUAUAAACAAACAACUAUGGGCAGCAUUAGGAAAGAACAUGCUGGCCAGUAUUAUCAUUUGUUAGGUGUAGUCAGCACUGAACUGUUGACAAAGCCCUUUCAUAAACUCAUUGGCCAGGAACUGCAUAGCUUGAGCUCCAAAGCCACAUGUGAAGGACAACGGGGGUGGAGUAGGCGAUGCCCUAAGUAAAAGCAACAUUCCGAUUCUUUAGGGUACUGAGAAGUUUAUAUGUUGCUCUGAGAUAGUUGUAUUUAUUUCUAGCUUUAUUUUAUGUUUAUAUCAUAUUUAAAUAAUUUCCUAAUGUUUGUUGGGACCUACCCUAAACUGUUUUAAAUAAAGAGCUCUAUUUUUAGAGAAAAAGGCAAAAUC